UCGUUCACUAAAAAGAUUCAUCCAAAACACAGUUAAAGCGCAUGCGUAUCAGUAUCGCUGUCACUACUAUUAUAGGACUAGUUAAAUGUCGCGUAGCAUUUAAAUCUAUUUUUAAAUAAAAUAAUUACACGGCUUCAAUGCAUUAACAUCUUUGGGACUGGAAUGUAUUAGCAUUAUCGGAACAGCACGCAAUCCGUAGCAGAUUUUCAGUGUCGCUCCUCUUCUCUUGGUUCUGCAGAGACAUGUUUACAUCCCAGACCUCUUCCUUCCAGGAGUCCAUCGACGUGGAUGAGAGGGAUGCUGACUUCGACAACGAAGAGAUCGCGGGAUACAGCCAAAACAUACAGCAGAUCAACAGCUACUAUGCCAUAUACUACUACCAGAACACAAGAUCUGAGGCUUCUGGAGACAGCGUGGCCUGGAGCCAGAGGAGGUCAGACUCAACCACAAGUCAGGAAGACUUUAGUCUGACGCUGCUGGACGCCAGCUUGCCCCCCGAGGCCGAGCCGGAGCUACGAAGCUACAUCUCCCGCAGACUGAGCAAGGGCGCUUUGCUCGGGGGCAUGGGGAACAUUGCCACGGUGGAGCUCAGCCUCCCUGAGCAAGCGGUGGGCUGUUACUGCUGUCUGCUGGAGCAGGAGAAAUCUCCAGAACAGCCUGAGGCCGACAGCAACGGCUGGGUGGUGUGUCUUCUCGGAGGAUCAGAGAAGGGCCUGAAUCAGUUCAGAAUUGAGCUGGACAAGUACGUCCAGGGUCUGCAGGGCUGUCUGACUCCAGAGAUGCAGAAUUUGGAGAAAGAAGUCAGUCCCUACCUGAACCGCUGGUAUGAAGAGUCAGUGAUGCACAUUCACAGAGUGGUUCAGCUGCUGCAGGGGAACGUCGGGUACCUUCUGCAUGCUGCUUUGAGUCACAAACUCGUCGAGGUCACAGGGACGGAUGAGAAGACAAAAGCAGACGUAGCAAGAUUUAUCAAAGCAGCAAGCCUGCAGGGUCUAGUUCAGGAAGACACCACCGCAGCCUCCCUCUGUAAGGCCAUCUCAGAGGACUCUCACACCGGUCUGAUCAUCGACUGCUCCACCAGCCCACCUACACUCACCAACCAAGUCAGUAACCGGUUCUGCGAUGACUGGAUCCAGGCCUUCCUCAAUGCUGCUGAGCGCUUUAACCCUUUCCUUCUCCGCCAAAUCCUGGAGAACUUUAAACUUAAGGCCAUCCAGGACAUGAACAACCUGAAGCGCUUCAUCCGUCAGGCUGAAAUGAGCCACUACGCUCUGUUCCGCUGCUGUCUGUUCCUGCAGAGCUGUGGAAACGGAGAUGUGCUGCUGCAGAACGCACGGGCCGAGCACAGCAGCCUUCCUGAGGCCUGUGGCAUCAUAACUGUGCUGGAGGAGUUCCUCGGGGAGCACACUCAGGGCACGCUGCACUGACACGCACAUGUCUGAGAGCACUCUGGAGGAGGCUGCCCAGAAUUACUAUUGAACACCCAUAAUCAUAACAGUGUGGUUUGCAUUUUGACCAACUUCAACAAACUUGAAUUGAAACGCUAAUUAUAGUCCAUCUUUGUGUGUGAAGAGGUGGCUGAAAAAUAUCAUGGGAUGAUGUACUGCUGUAUGGUGAUCAGUAUAAUUACUGAUAUAUUAACACAAUACCUGGUUCUAUGAUGUGGUCUACAUUGUGUAGUAGUCAUUGUUUUGAGGAUUUGUGACUUUUAAAACAGACAUACAGACAAAACAGACAUACAGAAAUAGCAAACUGAAUUACAAAACUAGUCAUAUAAUAACUAAGCUCUGCAUCAGCAAAUAUCCUAUUAACACUCCAAUAUGAUCUACUGUACUAUGACCUGCAUUUUCUGUUUUAUUGUUAUUUUUUUGUUUCGUGAUGAAGUGCUUAAUUACAUUUUAUAUUAUUUUUGACCUAAUAAUUCCUUUGAUUUAUGUUCUUGUUUGCUAUUUUCUAUCAUUAAAUUUUUUAAAACUUCUGAUGAUCAUAAACUUGGUUGUAAAUGUAAUGUCUAAAAAUAACAGAAGUGUGAGAAACAUAUUCCUUAAACAUCAUGUAUAUAUUGACCCAGCUGUAAAUGGCGAUAAUGUUUAUAAUUAUAAUAAUGUAUCAUUUAUCUUCUUGCUUAGUUUGAAUAUGACUGUACUGUGAGUAAUUUGUUCCAGGAAUAUUUCAUUUGUGUGAACUUGUAAAAAUUAAAUUAAAGUCAACACUUGACUCUUAAAUUCAUGCAAGAAUUAAAAUGCCACAUAAUUUAACACUGGCAAAGUUGUAGUUUUUAUUCUAUUUUAAUUAAUCAAUUUUAAACAUCUAAUGCGAGAUUAAAUAAAUGUGGAAAUAUUUAUAAUCUCCAGU